CAGCUGUAACUACAUACAUGUAAUUGAGACUUGUAAGGAGACGCUAUUGAUAAGUUAUGUGCUUAGCUGUUCCGGCGCCGGCCUCAAGAAAUCGGUCAGCCCCGCCGUGACUAGAAUUGCGCCAUCGACUUUGUACGUCCAUUCAACCGUGAUCCACCACGAUAAUCAUGCCAUGUAUUUUCAUUCUUGAUUAAAAUUAAUAUUUAGUAUACUAAGAACACUUAAUAAUUUUAACUUACCAUACAAUCAGAAAUUUAGGGAUUUAAUGCAUUAAUGAAGUCACGCAUCUUUAUCCGUCUACGAGACUUCGGUCGCGAACGUCUGAAAUCACUAAAACUCACUCAAUCCACUCAAUCCGGUACAUCUCGGACUAUGGACUUCCCCACCUCUACCCCCGCCGCCGCCGCCGCAUCAUUCAGUGUCCAGAAAAUCGCGAUUAUAGGUGCAGGACCCAGUGGUUUGGCCGCGGCGAAAUACUUCAUUGCGCAAGACGGCGCGUUCUCGCGGAUUGAUGUGUUAGAGCAACAGGCUGAGGUUGGCGGGGUGUGGAAUUAUACCGGUGUUUCGCGGCCGGAGGGGGAGUUGGGGGUGCCGCAGGUUGAUGCUAAGCCGAGGAGGCCGGAUCCCCCGGUUUAUAGUGAAAAUGGGGGUGGGAAGGGAGUGCCGCUUUUCCCGUCGCCGAUGUAUGAAGAUUUGAAUACGAAUAUCCCGCAUACAUUGAUGCGAUUCUCGGAUUUGGGGUUUCCGGAUAGGUGUACGAUAUUUCCGCCGAGAGAGGAUGUGCAGGAGUAUUUGGUUGAGUAUGCGAGGGAUGUGAGGCAUUUGGUUAGGUUCUCGACGCAGGUUACGGAUAUUUCGCUGAGGAGUGAUGAAGGGAGGGAUCAGUGGGAUGUGAGUACGACGGAUCUUCUUACGGGGGGGGAGAAAAAGGAGACGUAUGAUGCGGUGGUAGUAGCGUCGGGGCAUUAUUCUACGCCGUAUAUCCCGGAUUAUAUUGAGGGUAUAUCAACGUUUCAUGCUGCGCAUCCGGGGGUUAUUUCGCAUUCGAAGAUAUACCGUACUGCGGAGCCGUAUCGCGGGAAGAAAGUCGUGGUUGUUGGUACAGGACCUUCGGGUCUAGAUAUCGCAGCGCAAAUCCAGCGAGUAUCCUCACCACCACUUCUCGUCUCCGCGCGCACAGAAGCAAACCCAGAGCUUUUUGAGCAUCUCGGUGCGAAUGUACGGCAAGUCGGACAGAUCAAGCGAUUUUUAAUUGGCGAACGAGGGGUCGAAUUCUACCCGUUACACAAAUCCUCUGAUGAAAAGAAGGCAGGAGAAAAUGACUCGAAUGAAAUUAAAAAAGAAGAGACUAUAAUCGAGAAAGAUAUCGACGCCAUUCUAUUCUGCACGGGAUAUUUGUAUACCUUCCCCUUCCUCACUAACCCCCCUGACUCCAAGCCCCUCAUAACGGACGGCCGUCGCGUCCACGGUCUCGCGAAGCACUUCCUUCACAUCGCGCAUCCAACAAUCGCCUUCCCCGCGCUGCCGAUCAAAGUAAUCCCGUUCCCACUCGCCGAGGCACAAGCCUCAUUUCUCGCACGUCUGUGGUCAAACGUGCUCCCUCUCCCACCACGUUCCGAACUCGAAGAAUGGGAGCGGAAAGAUGGUGAGGGUACUGCGCCGGGGAAGUUCCACGUGUUUGCUAAGGGUGACGAUGGGCGGUAUAUAAAUGAGCUGCAUGAUAUAAUUGUGGCGCGGAGUAAAGGGGGUGGGAAGAAGCCGCCGUACUGGGAUGAGGAGAUGCUGUGGCAGAGGGGUAUUUAUGUUGAGGGUAAGAUACGGUUUGAGAGGACGGGUAGGAAGGCGAAGACCUUGGAAGAGUUGGGGUUUCGGUAUGAGCCAAAGGAGGUGAAGAAGGAAGACGGACUGGAAGGAAAGGAUUCAGAGAGGGAUGUUGCGGGGUGACUUAUGGGACAAUAGAGUGUUGGCUUUUUCAGGUUGGUUAUAUAGUUCUUGGCGAGCCUUGAGGUUCUAGGAAAUGUCGCUUAGAGCAAAGUGGUUAUAUCAUUGUUAGAUCCUUAGAUUAGAUUGAUCUAGUAAUUAAGCCCCAUUUGGAAGAGCAAUUCUAUAUGCGCGAUUCCAUGUGAAUUCUCCGGUACCCCAACCUCCUAUU